AAUGAGAAAUGAGAAAAGGGAGCGAGAAAAGUCGAGUACUCGGGAAGAGAAGAAUCGGCCGACUCGACGGUCGCGAGCCGACUGAUCUGUUCGGUCCGUUUGGUGGAAUGUUCGGGGGCAGAGUGCGCGAGCGGAAUGCUUAUUGCCGAUCGGCCGAGCCAAACCGAGCCAUUUGCGCAUGCGUCGGCUUCGUAUAACUCGCUGAUUUCGCCUCAAGCUUAUUUAUUUCGAACCUGAGACUCGCCGCGCAACCACGUGCUACGAUCGCAGCUGCUACGGCUCAAGUCAGUCGGACUGUCUACUCCGUUGCGAGUAAUACACAAACGCUUCGACAUUCGUUUCUCGAUAAUUUAUCUCGAACGCAAGUAAUCCGUUGGUUCAAAAAAAAAAAAAAAAAAAAAAAAAGGGAUUGAAUAGGAGAAGAGAAGAUAGAGGAGCGAGGGAAAGGAAAAUAGAAAGCGCGAUCGUGGACGCGGAGAAGAGCAAUAAAGAAGGAAAAUUAGAGAGGAGGAAAAUUUGCCGCGGUCGACGAGCGCGGUUCGAGAAGCGAUCUCGAAUUAUUUUUUUUUACAGAGUAACUACGCUUCGUCGGAAUCGUUCGUGCAUCGAACUUCUUUUUCUAGAAGCUACUGUACGAUAACCGUGGGACGUUCCCGAGCGGAACUUAUCGAUUUUUCCUUUAGGGACAGUUUAAGGGGACUCUGUUUCAGUGCGGUGUGCGACUAUCAUUUCGGCUUUGCUUUAGAGGAAGAGGAAGAAGAAAUUUCGCUGAAACGAAGGAACUCGUUUUUUUUUAUCCUACGAGUCUUACGAGUCGAACAAACUUUGUCACUGUGAUACAAAAUUCGUCAGGAUCAGAUUUUACAGCUCUGUGAUCUGUGCUUUGUGAUAACGAUAUUUAUUCUUUUACGAAGACUUAAAUUUAUUCACAGCCCCGAUCCAGUAAUCCAUUGUUACGAGAGUCAUCGUAUUCUUAAUCGAGGACGAAUAAGUCGCGAGUAGACAGAGAGAUGAGGUGAAAGAGUGGGGAAGGCACGCGACGAAGAGAAGGUGGGAAAUUUGGACGAGUUCCAUUGUUCGAAAUACGCGGCUGACCACUCUGAUCUCUUCGUUUUGUUCGCGUGAAUAAAUUCGGGCGGGAAAGCAAAAGCAAGAAUCCGAGAAAGAAGCUUGGAUCCAUAAGCGCACCGCGGGGAGGAAAGCGAGAAAGAAGUUUCUCGAAGCUUGGUUACCGCUGCGACUGGUAUCGUUGGUGCUGACUCUCCUGGAACGCGAAGAGAUUAAAAAUCGAAUCGGCGGAACGUGGUGAAAAGGAAAAACGCUCCUACCUAAAAGGAAGAGAGAAGUUUCUCGAAGGUUUGCUUCGUUCGCCGCUUCGUUGCUCUCACUCUGCUCUGGAUCCGCUCGAAAAGGAGAAGCACGACAGAGUGGUUUGCAACGAAAGAAGCCGAUUCGGGUGCGUCAUCUUUGAGAAAGAGAGACGGACACUCGUUACACUCGUAACCUGGAACAGAUUUAGAAGGCGUACGAGACGCGCAUCGAGUAAAACUCUAAAGGGAAAGAGGAGGAAGAUCGAGUGGAGAAUUUAGAAAGGAGGGGUGAAAAAGGAGAGAGAGAGAGAGAGAGAGACAAGAGGAUCGAAAGAGAGGGGGUGACCAGGUGGCGGGGAAAGAAAGAAAGAAGAAGAAGAAGAAGAAGAGAAAAAAGGGCGAGCUAUUGUCGAACCGAGGGAUAAAAACAAGGUGUUCAACAACGGAGGUAGGAAACAUAAAGGACGGGACGAUAGUAGAGAGGAAGAGAAGACACGAGUAUAUACCAUUGGUCACGAAGAUGACUAAGAGCAAACCGUUGACCGCGCCUGAACGAAGAACGAACGACGUGUUUGACGAGGAAUCGAUCGCGGUUCGAUCGAGAUGGAGAAAUUUCGCCGCCUUCUGGAUACUCGGCCUGUGCAACAACUACGGAUACGUGGUGAUGCUUAGCGCGGCGCACGAUAUCCUCGAGAGCAAGUUUGGAACGACGGAUCCUGGAGUGGAUUUCACGAAUGGCACAAUCACGACGACAAACCACACAGGGAUCAGAUCCUGCAACACAUUGUCCACCGGCGCCAUAUUGCUGGCGGACAUAUUGCCCUCGUUGGCGGUGAAAAUAAUCACGCCGUUCCUGCCUUUUCACGUACAUGCUCGACUGGCUACCUGUGUGUUAUUUUCCGCUGCAGGAUUCCUCGUGGUGUCGUUGAGCACUACUGAAUGGCUCGCCAUUCUGGGCGUCGUUAUAACGUCACUCUCUUCCGGUUUGGGAGAAGUUACUCUGCUGAGUUACAGCCACAAGUAUCCGAAACAAGUAAUCGCGACAUGGUCUUCCGGUACUGGAGGCGCCGGAAUAAUUGGCGCGCUAUCUUAUGCCUCCCUCACCACGUGGUUAAGCAACGAAGAUACAUUGUUACUUAUGUUAAUCGUACCGAUCAUACAAGGAAUCACUUUCUGGUUGGUUCUGGUCCAUCCGCCGCAGUCCAGUAUCCCGAUCACUAAGAACGGUAUCGACAGCCAAGAGCAAAUCAUUGAGAUCCCUAGGAAGAGCUUUAAAGAAAAGAUCAAUCUGGUACCGGGAUUGCUGAAGUAUAUGAUUCCUCUCGGGCUCGUGUACCUCUUCGAAUAUUUCAUUAACCAAGGAUUGUACGAGCUGAUCGAAUUCGACGGCAUUUGGUUAACUCACGCCGAGCAAUAUCGCUGGCUCCAGGUUGAUUAUCAGAUUGGAGUGUUUAUCUCGAGAUCGUCCGUCAAUCUCGUCACGAUCAACAAAAUCUGGAUCAUGGCUGUCCUACAGUUUAUCAACGUCAUUAUUUUGCUGUUCGAGACACUCUUCUAUUACUUGCCCAGUAUUUGGAUCGUGUUCACGUUCGUUUUGUGGGAAGGCCUUCUCGGUGGUGGAGCAUACGUGAAUACAUUUUAUCGAAUGUCCACCGAGAUCCCAAGGGCAGAUCGUAAAAUUUCCUUGGGCAUAGCCACGAUGGCCGAUUCCAUUGGAAUCGCGAUGGCUGGUUGGUUAUCUAUGCCGGUUCACAACGCCAUUUGCGGCCUGCCACAACCAAAACGAGUGGGAAGCUAGAAGACAGAAGUACGAAAGAAAACUAUUUUUUUUUUUUUUUUUUUUUACAACAACGAUUAUACGAAUGAGCACGACCGUCAUGCCGUGAUAAACAAGUAUGUUAUUUAUUGUCGAAUCAUCUUCGAUCACGUCCACACGGCCUCGAAUAACGUCGAUAAUCGAGUGUAUAUAACGUCGUUCGUAAACUGCAACGGUUUACAACCACUACGUACUGUCAGUUACAAUGUAGAUAUAGCGAAACGUCGAGACGAUCAUGUUCGAUCAUACCUCUCCGUUUGUAUUUAACUUUGAAACCGCAAAGUAUUCGAGCAUCGUUCGAAAUAUUAAUCGUAACAGUUUGUCGUUUUAUAUAUAUAUAUAUAUAUUUUUUUCAUUGAGAUACGGAAAUGAGAACGAUGAUUGAAAAGUGUGGACUACGAUUCACAAUGAAGUGUUAUCGAUACCGAUGUUCCUGAAUGAGAAAAUUCAACUCGUUAGACUGUAAGUUCGAUCGAUUCUGAGAUUUAUUUGGUACAAAUAUUUAAAAGACUAGGAACAGGAUUAUGUUACAACUGGUUAGAUUUUAUUUUGUUGUGAGUUUUUUUUUUUUUUUUUUUAAAAGAAACGAAGAACGAAAAUACGCGACAAACGAGCCAGAAAUUGGAUGCAGACGAGGAAGUCUCGCUUCGAUUCAAAUGUAUUCGAUAGAAUUCGAUCCACGUGGUCGAGUGUCGCGGCUGAUACACUUGUUAAACGCGAUAGUUUACCGAUUAUGGUUACAAACACGUAUAAAUGCGUUUUUAUGAUGCGUCUUUUAGCUAUUAGGUUUUUACGCCGUUUCACGUUGGUCGUUCGAUGAUAAGAACGAUACCAGUAUUUAUUAGUUAGCGUAACGCAUCGAUUAUCCGCCGCUUGGAUUCGAUGAAUGAAACAGCGAAUUCGAUUUACGAUAUUUUUUUUCUUUCUUUCUUUUUUUCUUUCUUUCUUUCUUCUCCGCAUGUACUCGAUUAUAUGGUUUUGGAAAACAGAUAUUGGUAAACAGAUUACCAUUAUUUUUAAUUGUAAUUUCGCUUGAAUCGAUGCACCAUCGCGUAUCUAUAGUAACACGAGUUGAGCAUUGUUUCUCGACGCCUCUUCGGAAAUCAACUCCGCUUUCUUUCCUUUUUUUUUUUUUUCUCGUAUACGAGAAAAUUAAAUCGAAUUUUAAUAUCACAACCGAAAUUUUUUAAACAUUCCCAUUCGCGGACAGAAUAUUUGUUGGGACGCGCGAAAGUAUUAAUUAUAAUCGAAUCGCAGAUCAAACAUCUGAAAGGACCAAAAUUUCGUCUCGACGAAUGAGAAUUUCGCCACUUACGCGAGAAAGGUCCUUCUUUUUCUCUUCUCUUUUUUUUUUUUUUUUUCUAACAAAAUAAUUCGCCUCUUCCUAAAUACAUAUUGUAUAUGUGAUAUAUCGAUAAUACUAUUUCCUACAUUUAUUUUGAAAUAUAAAUAUAUAUAUAUAUAUAUAUAUAUAUAUAUAGUAUAUAUAUAUAUAUAUUUAUAUAAGAGAUAUUAUAUUGUUUACUACUAUCGUAAUAUAUUAUAUAUUUGUCGUUGUAGAACUUUGGAACUGCUCGUGACGCGUUUUUAAAAAAUGAAAUGUUGCGGUUCGCGGUUUUCCCCAAUUUUAUUUUAUCAUAUUAUUAUUCUUUCCUUCCUUAUUUUUAUUAUAAUAAAAAAAAAAGAAAAAAAAAAGAAAAUUGAAACAAGGAAAGGAACAACGAACGAUAUAGAGAUAUAGCGUGAACAAUAAACUGAAAUUGGAAUAACUGUGUAAUUUGUUGUUGUGAUUACGGAUUCGAAAUAAACGGUGAAAUCUUUUUUUCAAAA